AUGACCGAGAAAUUGAUUCAAAUCGAUAGCGAAUUAGAAGAAGAAGACACGGAUUUUAUUCCACAGGAUGCUUCAAGUUCAGAAUCGUCGUUUUCAGAUGCAGAUAGUGGUGAAGAAGAGGUGGAAGGUGAAAACGAAGAAAAAGCAGAGCAAACCAAGGCUUUAGACGUUCAAGAAUCAAAAAAAGCCGAAUCAUCAAAUCCUAAAGAGGAUUUAGAAGAAAAAAAAGAAACUAAUGAGGAGAAACCUGUAGAAGAGCAACCUGAAGCUGUUCCAGCACCAGUAGAGUCCGUCACGAAAGCGAAUGAAAAAGAAUACUCAACAGAACAGCCGAAACAAGUACCCUCCAAAGAACAAGAAAAACCAAUUGAAAAGCCUCAGUUGAAAAAGAGACCAUUGGUGAGAAAGAGGCGUGAAUCCCCUCUAGCCAAAGUUCAAGCCAAGCAAGCUGCGAAGAAGUCAAAGCCAAAUACUUUAGAACAAGCUCAGCAAAACUGGUCUGAUUUUGUGAAAGAAAAAGACAUUCAAGAUGAACUUCGUCUCGCUAACAAAGAUGGAUUUGUUGAGCGCCAAGAAUUCUUAGCUAAGACGCACUCUGCUUAUGAAGAAAAAGUUCGCUCCAUGAGAAAAAUUCCUUAA